AGUGCAGUGCAAUGGUAAAACUCAGGCACCGUCCGGCAUGGAAAUGUCACACCAACACAGACUUACGGUGUUUUAAAAACAACGCCUAAAAGGGAUGUUUUCUCAGCUACGCCACACGUUUCCUACAAAUGUUUUUAGUUGCAAUGUUUUUGAAAUGAGGUUGGCAAACAGAAAAAGUGGACUCCAUCCUAUGACCAGAAAAGAGAAUAAGAAUGAGUCUCAGUAGUGAGGCCCAGUCAUCAUAAUCUCAACACUUGAGAUCAUCCAUAUGCAAGAGAGGGGAAAACAGCAUGACAAGCUUUGGAGUUGAAGCUGAGAUGGAGGAGCAAUAUUCAGAGGAUGAAGUUGAUAAAGGCCAUAAAAUGUUAUCCUCUGCAACACCACAGUUAGGAAAUGGCAGCCCCACAAAUGAGCAUAAACAUGACCAGAAACCAGUGGAGUGGGAAUCCCCAGAGAGACUUCCAACUAUAAAAAAAUGGGAGAUUGGUCCACUUCUACAGUCAUUCAAAUCCAAGAUGGCUAGCUUUACUGAGAUUGUCAUGAGCCCUGUUCGCCUUUUUAAGUCCAGUGACUCACUGUCCUCAACUGGAUUGUCUGAUCAGCAUCAACAGUUAAUCACCAAGUCAAAUGUGGAAAGUUCAAUCAGGACUGAGGAGGGGGUGACUACCAGUGAUAAAUAUAAAAAUGGGUUGUUUUCAAAAAGGCCUUCAUCAGAAGGAGUGCAGUGUAACAUUGCUCCAAAACGCCAUAGAGUUGCACAGAGACUGAAUUUUGGUACAGUUUCAAGUAACAACCAUGAACCAGUAUUGGAUAAUAUUAAAAUGCACAGCGAUUUAAAGGUUGCACCAAAUGAAGAAGAAAAUCAGAUAGACCGUCCUUCAAGGCAGUCACAAGCCGUCCUUCAGGAUGGAAUACAUGAUUCAUGUCCUUGUAAAGUACAAAGUCGUUUUCUCAGGACUAGACCUAUUCCGUCCUCUGACAAACCUUUGAAUUCUGCAAGUGCCAAAUGUGUGUCUUGUCAAGCCAAUUCGAAAAAUGAUGAAGCUGUUGCUCAGCAGCGACUAAUAGGUGAGAGACAGACCCAUAGCAGUAAACAUGAAGAUAGUAUCACAGCCUGUGAACAUGAUAUUGACUCCUAUAUUUCAGAGGCAUCAAGCCUUUUGAAACCAGAAACAAACUCUGUAAUUGUAAUCACAAAAAUAACUUCUUUAAACAAUGGUUCUGAAGCCUCUUCUAGUAUUUCCUCUGAUUUUCACUUGAUAGGUGGAGACACAAGGAGAGGUUGUGUGUUUGGCAGUGAGGAAUCCUAUUCGCAGAUGGCCAUUAGGAAAAGCCCUAGAAAGUCAGUGAAACGUCUGUCAGACGCUUUUGAGUUCACCUCGACAGAAUUGGCCACAUUUGUGACAGGACCAAAUACUCUGGAUUAUAACAUGAAGGAUUCACAGUCUGAAAAUGUUAUGGAAUGGACGCACCACUCAGCUGAAGUAACAGACUGUCCAAAGAGCACUUCUGUUGUUGAAGUGAGGGCAAAGAGGUGUCAAGAGGUAAAGAAAGACUUGCUGGUAAGGGAGAAAUGUAGUUUGCAAAAAGCUGAAAAGGGAGGCCCGAGGCCUUCAAAGAAUAAAAACAAGGUCACAGGCAACGGCAUGUCUUUGGAAAAGAAUCAGGAGGAUGCAACAAUUGUUCCGAUCAGGAAAAAGAGGAAAGGGAUUUCUACAGUGCAACAGCUCCAAGCCUCAAAUAUGAUCCUUAGUAUUAGCAAUACUGCAGAUGUUGAUAUGAGAAAUUCUGUAGUCUCCGACACCUCACGCUCUUGUGACUCCACAGAGAUUAAACAAAUGAGACUGGAAAAGGCAGUAAGAAGUCGGUCGAGAAAAAAUUUAAAAUGUGGAAUGUUACUGACCUUUGCUAAUGAAGGUGAUACCACUGAUGCUACAUCUUUCCAAAAUGCCACAAGAAAUGUCUUGAUUGACAAGAGCUUAGACUGCAAUAAUUCGAAUACCAUGGGACAAUGUAAUUAUGAAAAUUCCAGACCAUCAGAGCUUCCAGGAUUGCAGCACCCCAUGCAGGCACAAGAGACUUUUGAGAAGAUUGUUGAAUCAUGGAAGACAAGACAGCAUUUUCUUAAAAGUGCAGGAAAUACAGCUUUCCAAAAGAGGAAUCUUCAUCCACCCAAGCAGAAUUUUAAGGACUGCAGUACAACUUCAGUAGUUGAUCCAGCAGGACCCAGUAAACCUGCAAGAAGAACUGUACUUCAGAGGGACAAGGCUUGCGAUGAAACUCAAAGGACAAUUAUUGCAACUGAGGAGCAGGAGUCAUUUCUGUCUACAGGGGUGCUUUCUGGACUUGAAGUAAGAGAAGAAAAAAAUGGACUUGUGUCACCGCCAAUGCAGCCUAAAUCGACAGCUCCAUUACAGUCAGAAAGAAAGCCAAGAAGACCCACAAAGAUUAUGAACCGAAAAAGUAGCAAAUGUGUUUUCGCUGGAAAAAGGAAAGGUGCUAUUGGAAGCGAAGAUGAGGCAGAGACCCAAGAACAGACGAUGGAAACCAUUCCAGUAGUGUUGUCGUCAGGUAGCGGCUCCAAACGCCUCCUGCGCAGCUACUCCUGCCCUGAAAUCCCUUCUCUAUUAUUCAGUGACUCUCAUUUACCUCUGUCCCACAUGCAUGACAACAGUACUACCUCACCACCUAAAAAGAGCUCACCCGUUCCACUUCCCACCCAUUUAAACUCUCCGUCCAAGCGUACUCGCCGGCACACUGUCUGUAGUGUGGAGAUGGAACGAGAAAUUGCCCCUCUGUGUCUUCGUAAGGAGGUGUACCCUGCUAGUAGGGGUGGCCACUACAGUGGUCCGUCCUUCCCAUACUCUCCCUUGACCUCUCUCACAGCCCUUGCCUCUUGUUUUUUGUCCAGCCCUCUAGCGUUCUUGUCCAAAAGCUCAAGUCAAGGGCAUAGUCAUGCUAGUGACACCAGCACUGGCAGCGUUCAUGCCGUUGCCUCCCCUUUUAUGUCCAGUUUCGUCACAUCCUCAUCGUCCUCCUUCAGUUCCCCCUUUACAUCCACCCUCACAGCCUGUCAUGCUUUAUCUGGCCCCUCCAAUGUUGUCACUCCCAGUCCUGAGACUCCUCCUGCCACUGUGUCUACACUCUGCAGUGCAUUUUCACAAAGGUCUUUGGAGGGAGACCAUGUGAUGCUCCAAAUGAGAUGUGAGGAAGCAAUGGAUGAAGAAGAAAAAUCAAACUUUAGCCUUCAGCUCUCAUCUACAUCCAUCUCAGAGGAAAAAGCAUUAUCAGACUCUGAAAUCAAGACAGAAAUUAAGGAGGGUCAUCGAGGAAAAGUGUCCUCUAUUCGUAUCUGUAAAAAAAUUCCAAAGCCUCAGAAUAAUCUCACACCAAUGGGCCUUCCUAAGGUCAUCAGAAUAAAGAAGAAGGAUUUUAGCUUGGAGGAAAUCUACACCAAUAAAAACUUCAGCAAACCUCCUGAUGGACGUUUGGAAACCAUUUUUGAGGUGCCUCUUAACCGGCGAGAUGGCUCUCAGGCUGUCGUAGGCCAAAAAAAGGUAAAGCGCUUUGUUGAAUUCCCUGAACUGGGUGUUGCCAGGAAGCCCAAGAAGCCUCUGGUUGGUGGAACAGCAGGGGGUGGAGCUCAGAGGAAAGCAGGAGGGAACUCUGGGAUCUGUAGAACCAGACGAGGUGUCGGGGCCUCUUCUAAAGUGGAGGAUGGGCUUAUCUUGCAGAAGUUGGAUUCACUCCUCUGUUCCAAGCUUGAGGAACUAGACACCUGGAUGGCACUUCAACAAGUUGCAUGCUGAGGCAGUUUUGGACAAAACGUGCUUCUUGUCCAUUUUGUUCCAUGGCAAUUUAUGUAAUUUACUUUAGUUCAUCAAAGCAACAUUAGAACAGAAUUGCAGAUCUGUAAAAUCUGUUUUUGAUUUCUAAUGUACUGUAAAGAUAAAGAGAGAAUUCAUUUACAUGCUUGAUAUAUUUUGCGAGGCCAUUUACUUUGGUUAGAUUUAAAAGUGUACCUAUGUGAAUGGGUAAAGCCAAGUUUUAUAACCAGCACUGUUUUGCCUCUGUUUUGUCUUUUUAUAACCCUUCAAAAGAAGAGCACUUGUUUACAGGUUCACGUUUAAGAUAAGCAAUAUCUCUUAAUUCCUGUUCACUACAUUUCAGUAUCCAAAAGUGAGACUGGAUGUGGAGUCUCUAAAACACCAUUAAACUUGUCUUUGGUUAAACUGAAUGUCUUAAUGCACUCUCAGGUGUGUUUGAACAUGUUCAUUAUAAAGAAGACAGCACAAAGGCCUUUGCAAAGUUGCAGUGGUGGCAUUGAGUGAGAGAAAAUGGUUGCAUUGUUCAAGUUUUAAAUGUGCUAUUCAUAUAGAAGCAUAAAGAGUUGUGCUUGAAGGUUUCAGUGCAUUCUGUGGUUUUACUCGGGUACUCUGAACAUAGAUCAUUCACUUAAUUUUGGCUUUUGAUCUCCUUUGAUGUAAUGAUUUAGUACUUGUAGUGUUUGAAUACCUUAAAAAGUGGAUGGUUUGUGUGUAAUAUAAUGUUCAUAUUUUGUAAACUGGGUUCUUUGUAUUUUGUCUUUUGUAAAAAAUGUACAAUGGAACUGCUGUAUUUUGACUUACACAUUUUAUUACAGAGUCUGAAAGACAUGCAAUGUACAAAACAUAAAGCACAACUUAUUGAAAUAAUUACAAAUAAUUUACACAAACUGAUGUUAAUAAUGUAACAAUCCAUAUCUCAACAUUAAAUAGAAACUUGUGCAAGUGUCAUGCAAGUGUCUGUUUAUUUCAACACUGCAUUAAUAAAAUAAUAAUAAUAAUAAAAAUUUAAAAACCA